AUGGCUUCCACCAAUUCCCUCCCCUCCAUCCGCCACCCUCACCACCACCAUUCUCUCCCCAACCGCCGCCAUCCCUCCUCCGUUCUCUCCUUCCCUCUCUUUCCCAAAUCCAUCGCCUUCAACCCUAACGCCUCUCUCUCCUCUUCCUCUUCCCCCUCCUCCUCCCUCGCCUUCUCUGUCUCCCCCUUCACCUCCUCCUCCACUUCCCCUUCUCAAACCGUCUCCUUCGACCUCCUCCGCCACCACCUCGCCGCCUCUGACUUCCGCCAGGCCGACGAAGAGACCCGCCGCCUCAUCAUCGUCCUCGCCGGCGACGCUGCUCAGAAGCGUGGCUAUGUCUUCUUCUCCGAGGUCCAAUUUAUCUCUGAAACUGACCUCAAAACCAUAGAUGAACUCUGGAGGCAGUACAGCGAUAACAAGUUCGGGUACAGUGUGCAGAAGAGGAUAUUUGAGAAAACAGAGAGGGACUUCACCAAGUUCUUCCUCAAACUCGGUUGGAUGAAGAAGCUUGACACCGAGGUGGAACAAUACAAUUACAGGUCUUUCCCCACCGAGUUCAUGUGGGAACUCAAUGACGACACCCCUGAGGGUCAUUUGCCUCUCACAAAUGCCUUGAGAGGCACGCAGUUGCUUGGCAGCAUUCUCAGCCAUCCGGCCUUCCGUGCAGAGGAACAAGACAUCGUUGAGGACACGGCGAGUGAUAAUGGGUUAGCCGGCGGAGUCAAGGAUAAGGAGGCCGUGUCAAAGCCAUUCACCAAGAGAAUCUUCAAACCAGACUAUAGCUUCUGAUUGCUUGUGAAGGGGCGCUGUACCCUCUAAAGCGCACACAGAUUAAAUUCACAUAACUUGGGUUAUCCAUGUGUAUUUAUUUAUCAAUGAAAGCUGUUCCUACAUUGUACCUUC